AUGGCCACCUCACGCGAAGUCCUGAGCAUGUGCAUCGAAGACAACAUCCAGAGGAAGGGCACCCAAAAACUUUGCGAGCUCUGGCUCCACACUAUAGGAUCAGGUGCGCACAUGAGCAAGACUAAACACGAGCAUAGUAUGCUCUGCGCCGGUCUUCACCUGCCCGCCCGUCGCUCUUCGAAGCAUGAUCGAAAGAUUAAGAGCAUGGGUAUCACGGUAGUUUUGGGAUUACCGAGCAGUUCGACGAUGUCAAAGACAGGUCCCUGGCCCAUGAGCGCCGGGCAGAACAUGCGACCGUCCCGUCAGAGAGUACAGGGUAAGAGGCUGUUCCGUACAUACAGACGACACCGUGCCAUCGCCUUCCGAGUGCAGAAGCGCUCAGAAUCAUGCAGGUAUCGAUGUGCGCCCGAAGUACGACCCUCCCGGUACGGUCAGGACGUCUGUCAGCGUGGAAGCAGUAGUCGCUCUUGGACGCACAAAUUGCAGACGGAGUCGUUCAACGAGAAUCUCGCUACGUGUAGAAGGGAGUAUGAGGACAUGCGUGGAGAGGCCACAACCUGAGACGGACAGAUAGGGGGCUGAGUCCCUCCAUUAGACAACCCAUAUAUGGAAAACCC